AUGUCGCUACCCAAGACCGCCCUCCUCGUAAUCGACAUGCAAAAGUUCUUCGCCCCCAUGACCACCGCCGCUCUUCCCAACAUCCAAAAGCUCACCUCCUUCUUCCAGUCCACCUCGGCGCCUCUCGUCUUCACCAUGCAUGGCCACAGCAGAGACGAGCUCGAUACGGUGCCCUCGCCCAGCCAGCUUGUUCGGAAGUGGGGUCCUGACGGCUCGAUCGCGUACGGAUCCGAGGACUGGGAACUGCAGAAGGAGAUGGAAGCAUACGUGGAAGACGAGGAUGCGACGACACGACGAAAGAAUGAUGACUGGCAGCCUCAGGUCGUGCACAAGAACACAUAUGAUGCUUUUAUCAACACGGAACUUGGGCGGGUGCUGGAGGAGGCCGAGGUGGAGAGGGUGGUUGUUUGUGGUGUCAUGACAGAUUGCUGCUGCGAUACUACAGCGAGGAGUGCGUUUAAUCGCGGGUAUGAAACGGUGCUUGUCAGUGAUGCUUGUGGGUCUGCGAACAAGACACAGCACGAGAGGGGACUUCGUGGAUUUGGGUUUGCUUUUGGGGAUGUUCUUAGUACGGAGGAGGUCCUGCAGUUGUUGAAGAGAGAGCACACGUGA